CCAUGGAGUGUAAAGGAGUGUGUGUGCUGCUGGGAGUGUUGCUGAUGGUGAACUGCUCGUUUCAGCAGCAGACUCCAACAAGGAGGAAGCCGCUAAAAAAAGAAACAACAAAGGAUCCUGCCAUUGAGGAGCUCCAGAAACAGAUUGAUAACAUCGUCCAGGAGCUCAACCUCCUAAAGGAGCAGCAAGCCCUGCAGACAGUCUGUUUGAAAGGUGUAAAGAUCAAUGGCAAGUGUUACUUGGCUGAACCUCUGAGAAAACGCUAUCACACUGCCAGUGAGGACUGCAACGCCAUGGGUGGGGUCCUCGGCAUGCCCACAUCCAGCGACGAGAACGACAAGCUUAGAGACUACAUCCGCCAGAGGAUCGGCCCUGAUGAGCAGAUCUGGCUGGGGAUCAACGACAUGGUGACCGAGGGCACCUGGGUGGACACAACUGGCUCCAGCAUUAUUUACAAAAACUGGGACACAUCCAACCACCGGUCACGUCAACCAGAUGGUGGGAUGUCCCAUAACUGUGCUGUCCUGUCGGUGGCCUCCAGUGGAAAGUGGUUUGACGAGAACUGUCGUGAUGAGAAGCCUUCCGUCUGCCAGUUCAACAUUGUUUGAUCUCAUUUAUGUCCUAACAGACUGCGCAUGGUUGUAGCUGCUUUCAGUAUGUAAUCUUUGCUGCAAUGCCAUUAUGCCUGCAAUCCUUAAAGACGGUUGAAGUCAGUGGUUCUCAGCUCCUGAGAUUAAACUAAAGGUCGCAGUAAGAAUUCCUGACCCAUGUGAUCUGGAGAUGUGUCAUUUGCUGCAUACUUUGUGGUCACACUAAAACCAGGAAGGCAGCCAUUCAGCCCAAAAAAAAGUUCCCCCAACAAAUCCAUGACUGCUGCCUUCAGGUCAAAGAUUUUCUUCUUUUUUUAAGGCCAAAUUUUCAGUAAAUUUGAACACAUAUUAAAACAUAAAAUAAAAAUCCCAGUAUUCCUAAAAGAAACUCUGUUGGUGCCGGCACCUUUCACAAAUGGUUGCAAUAUUGCAUAUUUUUCAACACCUAUAAGUGCAGUUUAUCUCACUGGCUGAGAAUCACUGGUUUAAUCACUUAUGUUCCUUUCCAUCUACUGUAUUUAACAACAAGACUUGCAUGAAGCUGGAACUAUAUUAUAUUGCUUGAAAAUCUACCUUCAACUACAUUUUGACAGAUUUUUUUCAGUUUGUUGGUCUUGUAGUCUCUAUGAUGUCUAGCUUGAUCUAACCAGAA